AUGCGUUCAUUAAUCCUCGUUGCUCUCUUGGUGUUAUCUUGUGUUGCUUUUGUUUAUGGUCACGGAGAGUUCAUUUUGCCAAGACCAAGAACCUUCGGAAUCAGUGGUGCCAAUACCCAAAAAACAGGUCCAUGUGGAUCCAUUGCCAAGAAGGCACCAACCAUGAGGUAUAAGGGCAACCAAAAAGUUGACGUCACUUGGACGAUCUAUGCCAAUCACGGAGGAAGCAUUGCUGUGAAAAUUAUUGACUUCUCGGAUAAGUCGACCUCUAUUUUGGCUUCAGGUGUCAAGUCUGCCUCAGGUAAUACCACUGUUUCUGUGACCAUUCCAGACAAGUUCUGUAAUAAUUGUACCUUGCAAUGGGUUUGGAGUCCAAAUGGUGAAUCUCCUUACUAUGGUUGUGUUGAUAUUAACAUUGAUGGAGCACCAAUUAAUGCCACUAAUAACAACAAUGCCAAUAACAACAAUCAAAACAAUAACAAGGCUAACUUUGGAUCCCUUUCAGCUGUUCCAUCCUUCUAUUCAAUGAUUGUAGGAUGUGUUGUUUCUGUCAUGUUAAUCUCUCUGUUUGUUCAAUUUUAA